UACAUAAAGUACAUCACACAUAAGCCUCAGUGGCUCCAUUUUCUAGCUAGCAUUGAGCGUUUGUUGUUCCACCUUUUUUAGUUUUAAGGACAAAUUUGUCUAUUUCCAUUUUUGUUGGACUCAAACGACGAAUUUUUCAAGAUGGGGGGCGGCGAUCUGAACUUGAAAAAGAGCUGGCAUCCCCAGACUAUGAAAAACAUUGAGCGUGUUUGGAAAGCUGAGCAGAAACAUGAGGCUGAACGCAAGAAGAUUGAGGAGCUCCAGAAAGAACUGAAAGAGGAACGAACCCGAGAAGAAAUGACAAGAUAUGCAGAGGAACGUGGUGCCAUCAAAAAGAAGGAUGAUCGCCUGGACUGGAUGUACCAGGGCCCUGCUGGUCAGGUGUCCAGAGAUGAGUAUCUGCUGGGACGUCCUAUUGAUAAGCAGAUCACCGACCAAUACGAGGAGCCCGAGAGUGGUCCAUCUACUGAGACUGGCCUCCUGCCCGGGUCCAUCUUCAACCCCGCCACUCCUGCCUCCAGCCUCGACCUUGCUGCCAAGAUCAGGGAAGACCCCCUGUUUGAAAUCAGGAAACGUGAGGAAGAAAAGAAGAGAGAAGUCUUGACUAAUCCAGUGAAGAUGAAGAAAAUUAAAGAAAUGCUGCGCCUGAAUCUCGACAAGAAAGAAAAGAAAAAGAAGAGGAAGAAGGAUAAAAAGGAGAAGAAAGGAGACAAAGAGAGAAGAAAGGAGAAAAAGCAUAAGAAAAGGAGUUCAAGUUCAAGCUCAGACGAGGAAGACGAGAAAAAACACAGGUCACAUUCACGAGAUGAAUCUUCAGCAGACACCAAAUCUCGUUCCCAUCAUCUUCCAGGCUAUGGCCUACUGCUCCCUGCUGGCAGACAUCACCAGUCCUCAGCUUCCUCCAAUCACUCGGGGCACCGUGAGAGGAGCCGCUCCCGAUCGCCUCACAGGAACAACAGGGAAAGCCACUCCUACUCUUCUUCUUCCUCACACAGAGGCGACAGGAAGGUUGAGCCCAGAGCUUCCAGCCCACAGAGAGAGCGUUACCACAGACAGAGGCAUCCCGUGUCCAAGAAGCUCUCUGCAGAAGAGCUGGAGCGCAAGAGGCGGGAGAUGAUGGACCAGGCCAAGCAGAGGGAGGAGGACAGGGAGAACAACGUGAAGAGAUACAAGAGGCAAGACGAGCAGGAAAAGCAGCGGGAACAAAAUGCCAAGCAUGACCGCCAUGCUGGCUUCAUUCAUAACAUGAAGCUGGAGAGUGCUGCCAGCUCUUCCUUAGAGGACAGAGUGAAGAGGAACAUCCACUCCAUUCAGAGGACGCCAGCCGCCCUGGACAACUUCAUGAAGAGAUGAAGACACAACACAUUUAUCAUACAGAUAAACUGAACUGAACUGAUUGAAAAGGUUUGGACAGAGCAUGUCAUCCACUCCUUCAUCUGUCUCUUUAGUGUAUUGAGGCAGGUAUGUAUGUAUUAAUGCAGUGAGGAUGGAUGGUGUGGCGGUAGUCUGUCAUGAGUUCAGACAGGAAACCACGUGGCUCCAUGUCUACCCAUGGCUUUUAUUUUGAAAAGCAGUUUCCACGAUGGUAACAUAAUUUAUAUUGCAGACAAAUGCAAAAGGCCUAGCAUGGCUGAUCUGUUCUAAUUACUUUAUUGAAAGCCAAUACCCCUUUUAAGGUUCAUGGGAUCUGAACUUUGUACAGUAUGUAUAGUAGGACCUGCUUUUAUCUCGUUUUUGUAAUAUAUAUCUGUUACUCAGUGUACACCUGCGAAUAGCAACUGAAAUAAAAACAUAUUUCUCCAUUA